GCCACACGGAAUGUUUUUGUUGCAGUACGCGAGAACACGGAAGUGAAGCAGCGCUCCUGUGUUGACGUCUCAUGUCUUCGUCUCUUUCCGGGUAAACCUCCGCACCUGAGGGAGCCAUGGCGGUGAGCGCGGUCCACCUGGAGUCCGACGCCUUCCUGGUGUGCAUGAACCACGCGCUGAGCACGGAGAAGGAGGAGGUGAUGGGCCUGUGCAUCGGGGAGGUGGAGGGCUCCCGCAUCGUCCACAUCCACUCCGUCAUCAUCCUCCGCCGCUCGGACAAGAGGAAGGACCGGGUGGAGAUCUCCCCGGAGCAGCUGUCCGCGGCCUCCACGGAGGCGGAGCGGCUGGCGGACAUGACGGGCCGGACGAUGCGGGUGGUCGGCUGGUACCACUCCCACCCGCACAUCACCGUGUGGCCGUCCCACGUCGACGUGCGCACCCAGGCCAUGUACCAGAUGCUGGACCAGUGCUUCGUGGGCCUCAUCUUCUCCUGCUUCAUCGAGGACAAGAACACGAAGACGGGCCGGGUGCUGUACACCUGCUUCCAGUCCGUGCAGGCGCAGAAGGGCUCCGAGUACGAGCGGGUGGAGAUCCCCAUCCACGUCGUGCCCCGCGAGGCCAUCGGCAAAGUGUGCCUGGAGUCCGCCGUGGAGCUGCCGCGGAUCCUGUGCCAGGAGGAGCAGGACACGUACCGCAAGAUCCACAGCCUGGCGCACCUGGACCCCGUCACCAAGAUCCACAACGGAUCCGUGUUCACCAAGAACCUGUGCAGCCAGAUGUCGGCGGUGAGCGGCCCGCUGCUGCAGUGGCUGGAGGACCGGCUGGAGCAGAACAAGCAGAGCAUCGUGGAGCUGCAGCGGGAGAAGGAGGCGCUGCUGCAGGAGCUGGCGGCUCUGUGAGCCCGGGGGACAGACUGGAGGAUGGAGGGAGGACAGACUGUAGGGUGGACAGGGUGGAGGGUUGAGGGAGGACAGACUGGAGGGAAGACAGGAUGGAAGAGGAGGGACAGACUGGAGGGUGGAGGAGGACAUGGUGGAGGGAGGACAGACUGGAGGGUGGACAGGGUGGAGGGAGGAUAGCGUGAAGGAGGACAGCCUGGAGGAUGGAGGGAGGACAGGGUGGAGGAGGACAAGGUGGAGAUCCCUGACAGUUCUCCAUCUGCAGAUGAGAGACUCUAGUUUUAGCUUCUUCACUAUUUUCUUUUUUUAAAGUCUUGAUUCUUGCAGAUGGAUUAUUUUCAGUUUCAUGGCUGCACAGCUGUGAACUAACAUCUGGUCAGAUUUAUAGUUUUGUUAAUUAUUGAUUAAUUCGAUCUGAUUGUCUCUGAUUUAAAUUCUGUUUGAAUCAACUAAUGAUUGAUCUGUGGAAAACUGUCCCUUUAUCACAAAGUUAAAGAAAGUGAUAACUGAACCUUUGACCUACGUCUCAUCUGUCCUUUCAUGUGAAUCUGUCCAACAAACAAACUAAUGAACACAGGUGGAAACACGAAGCUCUUAAACGAACCUCUAAUGUCUCUGUUGAGGGACAAAGACAGAAAUGUGCCUGUAGACAAAUUAAAGUGUUACUGUGGAUACUGUAAAAUGUAUAUGAAGAUUAUGGGAUGUAAAGCAUAUACAGGUGCUUGUCUUCCAUCAAUGCUAUUUGACUUUGGGUUGAUUUUUUUUGCUCUCGUCACAGAUUUACAAAUUCUGAUGUGUGAUGUUUUCUUCCUCCAACUGUAAAAUAAAACAUUUACUUAUUUA